AUGCAAAUCUGGCACAUGGAACCAUUUCCAUGCGGAGACCGCCGUCUCCCUCACCACGUCUUCCCACCAAAGAAGAUCACUACAACUCAGUUGGGAGCACUGGCUGGAGUGCAGUACUACAAAGUAGACCUCGAGGACACCGCUUCAAUGAAGAAACGACUCUCGGCAGUGAAAACCGAGAAAAAUGUGACAUUCACGGAUGUAUUCACCGUCAGUGAGACCAUGCUUGAUUUCGAUGACAAGAUGGAGCAAUUCUAUGAGGCCCAAACACAAAAGGAAGAUGUCAUCAGCUUGGUCGUCGAAGGAACAUGCUACUACGAUGUGGAGCCAGAGGACGAUAGCUGGAUUCGCGUUCAAUUGGAGAAAGGAGAUUUGAUUGUGAUUCCAAAGGGGCUUUCUCACAGAUUCACAACCACACCACAGAACUUUGUCAAGAUCCAACGCUUCUUUUCUCGCAAGGUCGAAGGAACUCAAGGAUAA